CGAAACAAGAGCUACGUCUCUUUUGCCAUGAACCGCGUCUCAGGACGAAAGGGAUUUUGGAUAUCCAAUGAAAGAACCCCUGAAAAAGCUCACACGAUACUCCUUUCAUGAUGCUCAUUGCAAGCACAACUUUUGUGUCCACGCGCCGCCAUCUCUCACGGCACUAUAAUUUUGGAGCUAUCGAGUUCAAGUAUUUCAUUAACCACGUGAACAAGAGAUACGAUGGAACAAAAACCUCGGCAAAACUAACAUUUCACGAAGACGAACACCAAAAACCCGAAAACCAUCGCGCAUGUAACCGAAAAUAUCGUGGUAUUCUGAAGAUUCGCGAGUCGUCGUCCGGCAAGGGUUUGGGUCUCUUUGCUACGAAGGAUUUUGCGAUUGGGGAUUUAGUCAUGUCGUCUCGACCAGUCGUAACCACAAAAGAAAGAAGCUCGCACACGGUCCAAAUCGAUUGGGAUCGACACAUUCUCAUGGACUUACCGGCAACUCUUGUGAAUCAUUCUUGCGAUGCAAACCUAGGGAUACAAAACAAUAGCAAUGGAGUACGAGACGAAGAUGACGGCGAAGAGUACUUUGGUGCCUACGAUUUUUAUGCAAUUCAUCCGAUACGAGAAGGUGAGGAACUUACGUGGGAUUAUGAGACAUCCGAAUGGGAGCUUUCUACAUUCUUUCAAUGUACUUGCGGCAGCACGAAAUGUCGAGGGUUUUUACGCGGAUUCAAACAAAAUGCAGAUAUGAUUCGGCAGCAGAAUGGAGAGUAUCAUGCUGCCUACUUGAAAUAAUAAUAAAAUUCAAUAUUUUGU